AUGUCCUUCCGUUGGUUGGCCGCCCAGCUUUGGAGACAUCGUGUGGCAGGUCUCAUGGUGACCCUGGGGGUGACCUUUCUGCUCAUACUUCUUGGUACUCAUUUGUUACAGCAUUCACGCCCUAAUGACUGGCCCAAAGGUUGGAGUAAGAUACCAGUGAAGGGUAAAGAGGGACUCCCUUCCAAUGCCAAGCAAAGACCUAACAAUCCUUUCCUAAACUACAGAGGAAGAAGUAAAUCUCAGUCCUCCAGUACACAAGCUCAAAAGGAUGCCAGUCUUUAUGAUAUAGAGAAGACAAGGACACAUAGACCUCCUGUUGUUUUCCUCAAAACACACAAGACAGGGAGCAGCACCAUCCAGAAUCUACUGUUCCGCAUGGGAGAGAAGCACAGAGCCACAUUCGCUUUCCCUUAUUACACCUAUCAGUUCAGUUAUCCAGAUAAAUUCAGGGCAGAAUUUGUGGAUGAGCUACCUGAUGGUUCCUCUCAGUUUGACAUACUUUGUAGCCACAUGCGUCUAGACGUGGGACAGCUGAAACAGACGAUGCCACCAAACACCACCUACAUCACCAUCCUCCGUGACCCUUUACAGACGUUUGAGUCUGUUUUUUCUUAUUACAAAUCCAUUGUUCCUGCCUUCAUUUUAGCCAAAAAGGCAGCAGAGACAACAGAGCACAAAUCUGCACUGUCGGUUUUCCUGGAGUCACCAGAGGCAUUCUGGGACCCUAAAGAGCCUGAGAACAGCCUGGCUAAGAACCCCAUGAGCUUUGAUUUAGGCCUCGACAGCCAGCAGUUGAACUCUUCAAGGCCGGCUGACCUCACUCUGCUGGAGGAGACCUUCCAGCUGGUUAUGAUUGCAGAGCACUUUGACGAGUCCCUGGUCCUCCUAGGGGCCCUGCUGAAGCUGGAGCUUGAGGAGCUAGCCUAUGUCCGCCUCAACACUCGCUCCACAGAGGAUGUCACUUUUAUGGACGACAUAACCAAAGCCAAGGUACGGGCCUGGAAUAGCCUGGACGUGUUGCUUUAUGACUUUUUCCUCCAGGUAUUCUGGAAGAAGGCAGAACAGUAUGGACUGGAGAGGCUGAGCAGAGAGGUGGCUCUGCUGAGGGCCUCCACGGACCGAAUCAGACAGAAAUGUGUGGCCAGAAAUGGGGUACCCCCUGAGGAACUGGAGGACUUCAUAAGACCCUGGCAGACAGAUUCAGUCACCAUCUUGGGUUAUCAGGUACAGGGGAACCUGACCAAGGAGGAGCAGGGAUUUUGUAUGCGUCUCGUGAUGCCUGAACUUCAGUAUCACGCACAUCUGUAUUUCCAGCAGUAUGGUCGAGAUGUGAGGGCUGCACCUACAGAGUAA